GUUGGUUCAGAACGAGAACGCCGUGCGAAAAAGUUCGAAGAAUAUUGGAUCGAUGUAAUUAAGGAGUGUAAAAUAAAACGGGAAAUCUUAGAGUAUGAAAUAGAAAAGGAGCAAAUUCUGAACGAAAUCAAUG